AUGUCUACUAGACUGUUGCCAAAUAUCAUCAUUACUGGUACCCCGGGGUGUGGGAAAACAAGCCACGCUGCAUUAUUGGCCCAGCAACUUCUGCAAUUAAAACAUAUUAGCAUUAGUGAAUAUGCCAAAGAGAACAAUUGUAUCGACGGACACGACCAGGUCAGAGAUUCUGAUAUCGUCGAUGAAGAUAAGCUCUUGGACGCCCUUGAGCCGGAAUUAGAAAAAGGUGGGGUUAUUGUCGACUGGCACGUAUGCGAAGUGUUCCCUGAACGCUUGAUUGAUUUGGUGAUUGUGUUGAGAUGCGACAAUUCUAUCUUGUUCAGCAGAUUGUCCAAGAGAGGAUACAAGGAAAACAAAAUCCAGGAGAACCUUGAUGUGGAAAUCAUGGAUAUUUUGAUCCAAGAAGCCAGAGACAGUUAUAAGUCAGAAGUGGUGAUCGAAUUGAGAAGUGAUGAUGUUGAUCAGAUCGAGGAAAAUGUCGCUAGAAUAUCCCAAUGGGUUGAAAUGUGGCAGAAAGAUCACCCUGAAGGAGUCUCCAAUGAAUUCCAACCGGGGAGUGAUGAUGAAGAUAGCGACGAUGAAUAG